AUGUCGUCCAGGGGGGCGGAGUCGCCGGGGCCCUGGGAGGGGAGUCAGGAAGCGCUGGACGCGGAGGGGGCGCAGGGCGAGACGUUCCCGGGCACCGGACAUGCCUCGAACACCGAGCGCGGCGCCCAGGAGGUCGAUGGCGGGCACGGAGGCACCGCCCAGGAGCCUUCGACAGCGCCGGGCGCACCUCCAGAAGACGCAGCAAGGGCGAAACCGGCCUCGCAGGAGCCCAAGCCCGAACGUUCCGAGGCGCCUUCGCCGUCAGCGUUUGCACUCGAGUCGAGCGAGUCGCAGACCCGCCUGACCGGAGGCCAGCUGAGCGCGGAAACGUCGUCCGGCACGCACGCGAGGUCGCAGCAGGGCCUGCCCGCAGCACAGGAGUCCAGCUCCCCAGCGUUGCCGACGCCGGAGCGGUCGGCCAGCAGCCACCCGGGGCCGUCUCGCAUGUCAUCCAUGCGCAGUCCGUCCCGAAAGGCUAGCUGGCGGCCGGUCGCCAGGGGAGAUUCGUGGGCCAAGAUCCCGCCGCCGCUUCCUCCCGUGACCGACGACGACGGUUCGCUGAAAUCUUUCGACGAGGUGCCGGGAUUCGGUCCCAGCGCGUCGUUCCGGUCGCCCGGGGACGUGGGCGGCGAGGGCGCCGCGCCGCCGCCGCGGAGCGUCGUGCUCCCGCGCCGCAAGUUCAUGUCGUACGCGGACGAGUACCUGUCCUCGGAGGAUCGCCGCGCGGAGAUGAAGGCCUCUCUGCAGGUCCCUAGCAUCCGGGAGGACAGGCCGCUCACACCGCAGCGAGGGAACCGCGCUCGUAAUCUUUGGGGCGUCGUCGCGGCGAGCGUCCGGCGCCCGCGCGCGAACUCGGCGGCGCCCGCGCUCCCGGCGCCCGAGGCCAGCACGAGCUCCACGGACGUCUCCAAGGGGCCCGCGAAGUCCACCGGCGACCGCUCGAGCAUGAGUCGCCAGAGCAGCUCGAUGAGCAAGGGCAGCAGCAAGUUCGCGGGCGCGGUGCGGCGGCAGACGCUGAUGCAGCGGCUGAUGCGCAACAUGCGGCAGAGCGCGCGGUGCUGCCUGGUGGGCGAGCCGCCGAUCGCCAUCGUCGGCAGCCCGUGCCACAUCCGCAUGCGCGUCGUCAACGAGGACCUCACGCAGCUCUCGCGGCAGGUCACCACCGAGGACUUCAACAUGUACAUCCGGCACGGGCCGUCCAAGUCGCGCGACAUGGACAUCCACAUCUGGCAGAUCGACGAGCGCACGUUCGACAUGGUGUGGUCGACGAACGUGUCGGGCUCGUACUCGCUCGCCAUCACCUGCCAGCACCUGGGCAUCCAGGGCAGCCCCAUCGAGCUCGACGUCAAGUACCCCGUCACGCAGCCGGACAAGUCCCUCCUGCAAGGGCCCAAGUACGUCCGCGCGGGGCGCGAGGUCCAGCUCCCGGUCAUGGUGUGCGACCAGGCGGGCAACAAGCGCUCCAAGGCCCAGGACGAGCUCGACGUGCGCGUCAAGGGCCCCGCGAUCCUUGCGCGCGCGCUCAUCGACGAGCCGACGGAGGGGUCGCAGGUCGUGCUGCUCGCGGCCACGCGCGCGGGGGAGUAUUUCGUCGACGUCAAGCUGGAGGACGUCAGCUUCAAGAACUGCCCGCGGAAGCUCACGGUGGUGCCCGCGCCGGGGUUCGCGAGGACGACGACCGCCGAGGUGUACGCGCCGAAGACGUGGGACGCGCUGGGGUUCCCCUCGAGCAGCAGCGACCGCGCGUUCAUCCACUUUAACGCCGACGUGGUGUCUGACACGGAGGAGCGCGAGGGUUACUUCGGUAUGCGGCACAAGGAGGCGUUCGUGGAGGACAUGGAGAUAUUCUGGAACGAGCAGGCGCUGGCGGCGGCGCAGGGCGCGGAGGCCGACGACGCGCAGACAAUGACCAAGAAGCUGGGCCGCGCGCGCAAGGGCAAGGCGGGGCCCAGGCGGCGGACGGAGGACGGGGUGUCGAAGGAGGAGUACAAGGCGCGCAUGGAGCGGGCGAACGCGCUGCGCGUGGAGGCGCGGGAGCGGGAGGCGCACCAGGAGGGCCUGGUGAUGUACAGCGGGCAGAAUUGGCCGCCGGUGGCCGCGAUCCGCCCCGAGCACGCCCCGGACGGGAAGGCCAGGGACCCGGUGAUCGAUGCGGAGGAGGAGCGGCGGAUCCGCGAGCUCGCGGAGGCCGAGGAGCAGGAGCAGAAGGAGAGGGCCAAGAAACAAAAGGCGACCAAGAAGCGCGAGCGGAAGCCGCUGGUCGAGCCGCCGUCGCCGGCCGCGACAAAGGGCGCGGGCUUCGGGCGGGCGCAGGGGCGCCUCAUGUUCCGGGACGCCGAGGCCCCCGCUACGCCGCGGCGGCAGUCGAACGUCAACGAGACGCGCGGCAAGCAGGGCUUCUUCCUGCAGAGCGAGAUGCGACAGCGCGCGCGGGCGCUGCUCUCCAUCGCAGACGCGGACAUCGAUGGGCCCGUGCGGGAGAGGGCGGAGAAGGUUCUCGGUCAGGCGGGCAGUCCGGUGGAGUUCGUGCUGCACCUCCACGACAGGUUCAACAACCCCAUCUCUGGCAAGCGGGAGCCCGUCCUGCCGACGGAGAAGCCCGAGAUCGUGUCCGGGCACGCGGAGCUGUAUGGCACGGACAUGGUCAUCCCCCUGAAGUCGCACGUGCUCGAGGACGGCCGGUGGCUCGUGAGCUUCACCCCGAAGAGGGCCGGAGUGUACACCCCGCACAUCUCGGUCAACAGCGAGCCGGUCCCGCACGCGAACUUCCGCGUGCGGGUGUUCGCGGGCCCCGGGUACGGCCCGACGACGCUGCUCCUGAGGAGCCAGGAGGUGCCGGAGGAGGUGGUGGCCGGGACGGUGCUGCGCUACAUGGUGCUGUCGCGCGACAGGUACAAGAACCCGCGGGAGCGCGGGAACGAGCGGGUGCUGGUGAACGUGUCGUUCCAGCGCGGCGAUGCGACGAAGAAGGGGCACGACUUGCCCACGGACGGCCUGAUGAUGGCCACGAAGGCGCUGGCCACGCGGCUGACUGCGGACAAGUGGGAGGUGCUGCGGUCGGCGGUGGCGAAGACGGCCGACGGGCACGCGCAGCCGCAGAUCAUCGGGCUCGAGAUCGACGUGCCGGAGACGAGCUCGAAGCGCCAGGACACGCAGGGCGCGGGGGCACUGUCGCACCUGUUGCCGGAGGCGGUGCGCCUGGCGGGCGUCAAGACGGAGGUGACGGACCUGAGCAACGGGGUGUACCAGGUGGAGAUCCGUCUGGCGCAGGCGGGGAUGUACGACGUCGCGGUCGGCAUCAACGACCGCCUCGUCAAGAAGGGCCGCUUCAGCCUGGGCGUGGUCCCGGGCACGUGCGAGCCCAGCAAGUGCAAGGCGUCCGGGCAGGGCAUCCGCAAGGCCGAGGCCGGCAUCUCCGGGGCGUUCUGGGUGUCGACGCACGACAAGUACGGCAACCAGCUCCGGGACGGGUCCGCGCGGAUCGAGUGCCGUAUGACGGGCCCCGAGGAGCUGGACGCGGUGGUGAUCAACCACGGGGACGGGACGUACCGCGUGUCGUACUGGGCGCGGCAGGCGGGGACGUACCGCAUGGUGAUCCUGUGCAACGACGUGCAGGUGCUCGGGACGCCGCGGACGGUCAUCGUGAGCCCGCCCAAGUCGCGGCGCACGGCAUACGUUGGCGAGGGCUUCCGCACGGCGCUCGUGGGGCACCCGGCGACGUUCCGCGCGCGGCUGCUCGAUCAGUCGGGCGAGUACUUCCUCGGCGACGCGCUCGCGGCGAUCCGCCGGCACGUGCGCAUCUCGCACCUCGGCAUCGAGCAGGGCAUGAAGUCGCCCAUCUGCAUCCAGCUCGAGAUGCUCGAGGGGACGGACAGCCGGCUGCCGAACAUGAUCAAGCAGUUCUGGAUCGAGCGGUGCAAGGAGUUCAUCGCGCGGCACAGGGUGCAGGCGCUGCGUAUGAAGACCAUGGUCAAGAGGCGCGCGGCACUGGUCGAGCAGGAACGCCGGCUGCUCGAGGGCGGGCCGUCGGCCGCCGCGGAUGCCGCGCCGGCGUCGGACGAGCCGUCCGAGAGCGCGCCGGGCGGGGCGGAGGAGUCGCAGUCGACCGUGGGGCGGGUGCCUGCAAGCACGGCGGUGCUGUCGGCGGAGAACACCGAGGAGGAGGAGCACCUCUCGAAGCUGCUGCGGGCGGUGCGGCGCGAGGAGGACGCGGAGGACCUGUGGAUGCGCCCGCCGCGGAUCGUGCCGGUGCACCUGCACAACAACCCGGACGGCUCCAGCACCGCCGAGUACGUCCCAAGCGUCGCGGGGCAGUUCGCGAUCCGUGCGCUGCGUUUCGUGCCCGAGGCCACGAUCCCCGAGCCUCUGAAGGAGAAGGAGGACGUGUGGUUCGACGGGAUGGUCGGGGAGGACCCGUACAGCUCGCCCUUUGGCGGCAUGCACGGACGCCCACACGUCACGCCCCCCGAGUCGGAAAUCGGGUCGCACGACAGCGGCGACGGCGGCCGGAGCGUGUCCCCCGUCAAGGCCCCCGAGCCCAUACAGAUCGUGCCGAAGCCGAAGCCCCCGGGGCGGUGGAUCGACGUCACUCCGACGUACAUUCUCUCAAAGGUGGUGCCGACGGUCACCAUCGCGCACGGGGCGCCCUCGGGCCCGCACUGCGUUAUCCUGGGCGACAACGUGUCGCGGUAUCUCGACUGGGCGGACCUGCUCCCGAAGCCCCUGCGGCCCGGGUCGGGCGGGUCGCAGCACAGCUCCUACAUUGAGGAGACCGAGGUGGUCGGGAAGCACGCCGCGCGGCUGCUCCGCGACCUCCAGCGGCGGAUCCGGCAGGAGGAGAUCGCGAACGACCCAGCGACGGCCGGCGGCGUGGAGCGGCAGAAGCCCCCGAAGCCCGAGGCCCCGCCCCCCGAGCUCAAGCAGGAGAUGACGGCGGGCAACAUGAGCAAGCUGCUGCUGCUGAUCUGCGACGAGAAUGGCAACAUGGCCACGUCCGGAUCAGGCGAGGUGCGGUUCGAGUCGGAGCUGCUCCCGCAGUACCGCGUCGCGGAGGGAGAGCUGCGCGGGCGCCGGGCGCACCUCAACUGCCGGCUGCGCCCGAGCCGGGCCGGGGACGGCACGGUGCACGUGUCGGUGGAGGCGGACUUCGCGGGCGAGUACCUGCUAAAGUUCGCGCUCAUGGGCAAGUUCUGGCCCAACCUCACAUGCCGCGUGCACGUGAAGCCAACCCGGACGCACCCCGAGGCCUGCGUGGCGUACGGCCCGGGCCUGAUGGGCUGCAACGCCGGGGAGGAGUCCAUCUUCCAUAUCGAGGCCAGGGACGUGUACACAAACCGGCGGAACGAGGGCGGGGACCGGUUCAGCGUCAGUGUUGCUGCGGUGUCUGAUAAGGGGCUCGGGCGCGUGCGGCCCGCGAAGGCCGACAUCACGGACCUGGGCAACGGACUGUACCGCGUCAAGUACUCGCUCGACCAGGCCGGGGCGUACAACAUCGCGGUGAACUACCUGGGCGACCCCCUGGAAGACACCAAAUCCCAUCUGGUGUGCCAGAAGCGCGUAGUGGUGCAGGCCGGGCGGGCCACGGGCGUGCGCUGCACGGCCAGGGGCCCGGGGCUCAAGCGCGCCGCGAUGGGCGUCCCCGCGAUCGUGGCCGUCCUCAUCCGCGACGACAUGGGCAACAGCAAGUCGGUGGAGGACACCCACGGCCCGCAAUCCACGCUGCACCGCCGCGGCCUCGCGGCGCGGAUCUACCCCAAGGGCAAGGUCGCGGACCCGUCGACGCACGGCCUGACCACGGUGACGAUGGCCAGCGUCGCCCUGCGGGACGCGGACGGCAAGGAGCACCGCAAGACGCUCACGGGGAUGUACAACAUCAUAUUCCGGGCGCGGUCCGCGGGGCCGCACGCGCUGGAGAUCACGCUCGACGGGCACCACAUCCAGGGCUCGCCGUUCUCGGUCCCCGUGGAGGCGCUGGACGUGCAGUCGCAGGGGGAGGCGGCAGUGGUGGCCAGCAUGGGGUGGCACCCGGAGCGGGACUUCGCGUGGGUGGAGGACGGCUCCGGGGGCGUCCUGCGCGCGCAGCAGUACACGGACGCGUACAAGGACAUCUACGGCUACGAGGAGCUCCUCGCGAUGCUGCUCGGCGACGGCACGGAGUCCGUGUCGUACGACGAGCGUUCCCCGCGCGGCUCUCCGGGCUCCUCGCUCCGCGGCGGGAGCGCGAGCGACUCGGCGAGCGCGAGCGCGAGCGCGAGCGGGAGGGGGAAGGGGAAGGACGAGGGGGUGGUGGAGCAGAAGUCGGCUGCGGAGAGGCUGAAGAUGGUGAUGAAGCAAGCAGCGGCGAAGCAGGGCGCUGAGAGCGCGCAGGCGGGGAUGUCGAAGGAGGCGCAGCGGGCGCUGGCGGCGGGUGGGAAGCGGAAGAUGCUGACGGUGGGGGGGAUGCAGGUCGAGUUCGUGCAGGACAAGGACGGGACGAUGCACGUGACGGGCGCGCGGAAGCAGUCGCGGUGGGCGCGCAUCGGGCAGCAGGUCCGCGACACGGCGGUGGCGUGGAACCGCGAGAAGAUGUCGAACGAGGUCGGCCGCAUCAUGCUCAAGCCCCGCGUGCGCACCAAGGCCGAGCAGGCCUUGCACCUCGACCGCCAGCUCCAGAACACCACUCGGCGGCAGACCGCGCGGCUCGCGGCGCGCGUGAAGCGCCUCGCCGAGGCCUUCCAGCACGGCGGCGACGCCCAGGGCGCCGAGGAGGAGGACCCGAACAUGCCGCUGUCGCUCGAGAACCGCACUGCGUACCGCGAACUCAAGGCGCAGCUCGAGUCGCGCGCGCUGCUGGACCCGGAGGUGGCGCAGCACGCGCUGAACCAGAAGAGCCUCGCGCAGCGGCUGCUGUGGACGCACGACGUGGGCAUGUUCCGCGAGAAGGGGUACGACCCCACGCGCGACGUGCCCGCGGCGGCCGCGCGGCUGAUCGAGGCGCGCGAGCGCGAGGGGCGCCGCAUGGAGGAGCAGAUGGCGCGGCUGCAGGAGCUGCCGAAGCCGCUCACGGGUCCGCAGCCCGGCGUGGACCACGAGAUUCCCGGGGAGGGCCUGUUGCCGCAUGCGCUGGAGAGCAAGUACAACAUUCGGUUCAAGCGCGUGGAGGCGCGGGCGCGGGACGAGGGCGGCGGCGGCGCGCGCGACAGCGAGAGCGACGGCGAGCUGUUCGCGGCGUCGGGGGAGUCGGAGAGCUCGGGCGACGAGGGCGGCGAGGACGAGGACGAGGAGGUGGAGCCGGACGAGGCGGUGGAGGAGCUGCUGGCGCGGGAGUUCCCCGAGGGCAUCGAGCUGCCGAAGAUCAAGGAGGACGCGCAGGUGUCGCUGGGCGGGGAGCAGGCGAAGGCGCUGAUGGCGCUGCUCGGGGUGGACGCCAUGCGCUACUACAACAAGGCGCUGGUGGCGCAGGUGCUCGACGACCGGGAGCACACGCUGCCGCCGCUCGGGGGGCGCGGGCGGAGCGCGGGGAGCGCGCGGCCGGCGUCGUCGUUCAAGUCGCGCGUGUCCGGGGAGUACAGCAACGCGCUCUUGCGGGACGAGGGGGGGGCGUGA